AUGAACCACUUGAGACCUGGAGGACGCCUAGUGAUCGGAUCAGUGUUGGGAGAUGACUCGUAUAAUUCUGGAAAUCAGGUCAUCUUCAGCUUGCUCAGCCUCACCGAGCAGCAAAUCAUGAGCGCUUUGGCAAAAGCUGGGAUCGAUCUCAAUACUGUAAAAAAGUAUGUUCUUGACGAGGACGGCGUAAUCUUUCUCAUGGCCACUAAACGUUGA